GAAACAUAAGAGAUCAUACAAACACAGAAAAUGAAGCCACUUUCAGUUGUGAAGGCAUGCCUCAUACUACAUCUAGCCAUUUCAGAGAAGUGCACUGCUUCACAAAAACAGGAAUAUUUAAUUCAAGGAUCAUCAGGGCAGGACAUCAUCCUGGGACAUGGGCUAGAAGUCAACUCAACCGUUGAGAUUGCUUGGGAGUUUGUAACAAAAGAUGGUAAAGAGUUAGUAGUUGCAAAAGCGAACAGACAGAAUGUCAAAGUGUAUACAAAGUUCUUAGAUAGAGUGAUUGUAAAUAAUACUCACUUUUUAUUGACAAUAAAAAAUCUGACAUAUCAAGACACUGGAACCUACAUAGGACGUCUUACAUAUGAAAGUGGGGAAAUCCAGAGUGUUUCCUACAAAAUUUCAAUUAGAGUUCUAGCUAAGCCAGAGCUGCAACCACGGCUUAACAAUGCUACAACAACCUCAUGCAGCAUCUCUGUUACAUGUUCCCUGAAGAAUGUUACCUCCAACAUUACCUGCUUAUAUCAACAAAACACUGUUGUAUGUGAUAAGCCAGAUAUUCAGUCACAAAACAAUGGCCGCCAAGAAAUUCACCUGGAAUUUACAGUCUCCGAAGACAAUACCACACUGGUAUGCAACAUUAGCAAUGAAGAUAGCUGGGGCUGGAAUGGCAUACUCUUUGAAGACGUCUGCCAAUUGGACAAAAAUGAAAACUCAAAUUACCAGAUUUUACUAUGUAUUAUGGCUUUUGCUGUCCUCAUCAUCAUCAUCUUGGCAAUCAUGAAAGCAGUUUCAAAGAAAAUCUGUCAAGAACAAAUAAUACAGAAUGAGGUCAAAGAAGAAGUACCUGGCAUACAGAUGACUGAGGUAAAUUCAGAAAUAACAACAGUGUAUGACACGGUGAAAAACUACAGCAAACAUCCUGACAUUAAUGACGAACCUUCAUCUUCAUUAGAUUCUCCGACUUCCAUUUCACUGUAUGCUACAGUUCAGCGGCCUCAACACAUAACAAACAUGUCUGAAUCAGCAAAUAAUAAGUUCAAUAAAUAAGAUGCUGAGCUUGGGACAAUGCAAAUAUGUCAAAGUUUUUGGUUUUAAAAGAAGCCUUGGUUUGGAUUGUUGAUUAUAUUUCAUUGUUGGAUUCUUUUGAAUAAGUCACUUUUAAAUAAUAAAAGUAUGUAAAAUAUCUAAUUUUGACGUUUCUAUUGAUAACAUGAUGCCAUUUCCAUGAAAAAUUGUAAACUGUAGUCUGUGAAUGUUGUGGAUUUGUUAAUGAUAACAUUAUUAAGUAAGAAGAAAACAUACCCAUUGUGGAAAAUUGGGGGUGUUCUUCAGUUGUUCCAGAUCUUAGCGUCUGCUAAAUGAUGUAAAUGUAAUGUCAAGGAGGCCAACACUCUCUAUAUUCUGUUUUCAAUCUUAAAAUAAACUAAGGGUAAUUACAGGAAUGUCACACAAGUACAAAAUGAACAGGAAGAAAGAAAUGACUCUGGGCUCUGAUGCAUACCUGGGUGAUUGCUCUGUCUGGCAUGUGAGUUCUCUAGUCCAUUUUUCUGCCAAAACAACACAGCCAAGUUCUGCUCCCUCACCUUCCAUACCCUGACCUCUCUGCUUCCCAACAGUUGAGCCCUUACCUCAGGCUCCACUCUUGACUCUGGGGUAAAGUCCGGAAUGACCAGGUUUAAGAAAGCUGCUGGGAAUAACUUCUGGGAACAACCCUGACUCUCUUGUUAAAAUGUACAUGACUUGUUUAAAUAUUUUUAGAAAAUAGAAUACCUUUCUUGUGUUUAAUCAAAAAACAACUUAUAUAAUCAACAAGCAAAAAAGAAAGUGGUCAUCCUAUUGGUGCAGUUUGUACAAGGAAUUUCAUUAGCUGUACAUAUGUAAAUAAUAAUGUGGACCAUUAACAAGUAUGCAUAUUUUAACUAUAGACUAAUGUGGUGUUGAUACUGUAAAAUUACUGUAAUAAAA